AGAAAAUAAAGUAGAAAGGAAGUUUAACAAAAAAAAAAAAAAAGGAGGAAGAAAAUGGAGAGUGAAGUAGCAGCGAAGGCGAGAAGGGAAGCAGAGACUCCGGCGACGUACAUUGGACUGAAGACGAGAGGUCAGAGAGCUAAACUUAACAACGGGUCUGUGUCAGCAUCUUCCCAGCAGCAGAGAAGCACCGAGAAGAAGAAGAGGAAGAGUCACAAACCCAUCGUUGACAAGAAGUACUCUCAGUGGAAGACUCUUGUUCCCAUUCUCUAUGACUCACUCUCCAACCAGAGCCUCGUCUGGCCUUGUCUCUCUUGCAGAUGGGGACCACAGAUUGAGCAAGCAUUGGCUAAGAAUCAGCAGCGUCUCUACCUCACGGAACAAACUAAUGGAAGUGUGCCUAAUACCUUGGUCGUAGCUACUUGCGAAGCUGUUAAGAAGCAGCUUAAUGGAAAAGCAUGCUCUCCAUUUGUGAAGAAGUACAAGACAAUCAUCCACCCUGGAGAGGUCAACAGAAUCAGGGAACUGCCACAAAAUAGUAAGAUUGUAGCUACUCACACCGACAGUCCUGAUGUUCUCAUUUGGGACACUGAGACUCAACCAGAUCGGCAUGCUGUGCUUGGAGCUCCACAUUCUCGUCCUGAUUUGAUACUAACUGGACACCAGGAUAAUGCUGAAUUUGCUCUUGCGAUGUUCCCAACCGAACCUUUUGUUCUUUCUGGAGGCAAGGACAAGUCAGUUGUUCUGUGGAGUAUCCAAGAUCAUAUCACAACAGCUGGUAGUAAUAAAACUGGUGGUCGUUCCGUUGGCCCUCGAGGUGUAUAUCAUGGCCACGAGGAUACGGUUGAAGAUGUGGCCUUCUGUCCAUCUAGUGCCCAGGAGUUCUGCAGUGUUGGUGAUGACUCUUGUCUUAUACUAUGGGAUGCACGAACCGGCUCCGGUCCUGCCAUGAAGGUUGAGAAAGCACAUGAUGCUGAUCUUCACUGUGUCGAUUGGAAUCCUCAUGACAACAAUCUGAUCCUGACAGGGUCAGCAGAUAACACUGUCCGUCUGUUCGACCGCCGAAACCUGACCUCAAAUGGAGUUGGCUCUCCUAUCUACAAAUUUGAAGGCCACAAUGCUUCUGUUCUUUCUGUUCAGUGGUCUCCUGAUAAGUCAUCUGUUUUUGGGAGUUCUGCAGAAGAUGGUCUCUUAAACAUAUGGGAUUAUGAUAAGCUCGGCAAGAAGUCUGCGCGUGCACCCAAAAGCCCUCCUGGGCUUUUCUUCCAGCAUGCUGGUCACAGGGACAACGUGGUCGACUUCCACUGGAACGUAUUGGAACCUUGGACUAUCGUCAGUGUUUCUGGUAACUGUGAGAGUAACGGUGGGGGUGGUACAUUGCAGAUAUGGCGGAUGAGUGGGUUGAUUUACAGACCGGAAGAUGAAGUACUGGCAGAGCUAGAGAACUUCAAGUCACAGGUUUUCUCAUGUGCCUCCAGGCCUUGAUGAAGCAAGUCCCGUGACUGUUUCUGUUUUACGUAUGCGGUUUAAGUAUUAAUUUUUCGGAGGAGUCACUUGGUAUAUGUAGACCAGUAAUUCAAAAAUAUUGGUAGGCUUAGGACAUUUCCGGAAUCGUGUAGGGUUCUUGAUCCUGUUUUCUUUAGUUUAAUCGUAGGCACUUAACUUGCUAUUAUGGUCAACCAUUGUUGUGAAUCCCCAAACUUAACCAACAGAUUGAAAUCUAUAAUUUUAAGUACUUGACUUGAUCCAUGUUUACUGAACCGUUCAGUUUCAUUUUUCAACAACAAAAUCAGAUAGAAGUUUGGUUUGGUUCCUUCACCUCUUUUCGGUUCUGCAUUAACAGCCUGGCCAGCCACUAAUCCUACAGUCUUCAGAACUGUUGUGCAACCUUAAGUACUAAGAUCUAAAACAAUUGGAGUUUAAAGCUCAUAGGACUGUGGGGUGAAGGAGUUAGAUAGCAACAAUCAAGGAUAUUUAUUACAAAAUAUCUUCUAGUAGAUUCUGUCUCUCUCCCUAGUUUUAAAAACGUCUCCAGUGAUGAAAGUACUGAGCCUUUCAUGGGUUUUUGACUUAUCUGAACAUUAAGUACACUAACUCAUUCAUAGAUCCAAGACCACCACAUAGCUUCUAUAGGCUUUGUUGGAUUCUUAUCAUUUGUUCAGUUUCACCUAUAACCAAACAAAUUGUCGACGCAUACAAACAUACACACAUAUGUGGUACACACAAACACGUCUUGAGUUUUGUAUGUGUAUGUGAAUGUGCCAAGUUAUUUGUUUGGAGAAGAGGAGACAAAAUCGUGGCUCAAGAACUAUAUGUUAAUAGGUUAUGUCCUUUUUUUUUUGGUGCAACAAUAGGUUAUGUCCUUUUUAUUAAUUCCUAGCCGUUAAACCCCUUUGCUUUUUCUCCUUUCUCUUGUUCAUUGUUUCAACAGUCUUGUUAUCUCCCCAUCCACCGAGUAAUAUCCUUUCGACAAUUUAUGCACCAUUAAAACUGGUCAUUAACUAAUAAAAAUGAGGAUCAUAUCAUCUUCUUCAUAUUUUUCUUGAAUAUAGGUUCACCAUAAUAGAACUAUUGUUCUUUCUACUUGAGAAAGAUAUGUGUGUGCGUGUGGUGAACCAAUAGAGCCUAAAGCUUGUUAGAGUGCAAGCUUUUAGGGAGUGAUACACCUGUUAGUUUGGUUACUCUAUAAAUGAAUACAAACGCAUUUAUGGUUUGCGUAUUAAAUAUAUGAGUAUCCAAGUAUCCAACACGUGAUAAAAUCCGAGUAUGUCAUGUUCAAGCUUUGAAGAUCAAGGAAAAGUCCUUGGGUCACGGGAUUGUAGCUGGAUUUUUGGAGCUCAAGAUUUUGACUUCCCUUGUACCUACAUAAUCUGUAUAUCCAUCUACUCCAACAUGCAUCUCAUUUAUAAUAUGAUGACCUUCCAAGUACCAAGUGUCUUACUUCAUAUUUAUCUACAUUUUCGGUAGGUAGGUUUUUAUUUGAUUACUUAUUUGUUAGGGUGAUUGGUUGUAUCCGUAAAUGUUAUAGACAACCAAAUUUAUAGUUAAAUAUGUCAAACAAUCAAGUUAAAAAAAAAAUUUACAUCAUUUUUUUUUGGAAAAUUAAAAAAUAGCCAUGGAAAGUUUUAUUUCCACAGCAAAUAAUGAUGUGUUUUACAAAGCUACGACAAAAACAUUUCCAGCAAAAAAAAGUUAUUGCUUAAUUGGCUAAAAACAUUAAACUGCCGCUUAUUCCAAUUGCCCAUAUGUUUUAAAAUUGUUUUGCAAGAUUGUAAACUAACCUUCUGAAAGUUAGUAACAACAUGAAUUCAAAGAACGCAUGUUUCCUUUUACAUAUUGAUCGUGUGUGAAUAUAUAAUCCCGUGAAAAUCGUUUUGUCUUCUGUUUUUUUUUUUUUUUGAACACAAACUUCUUUCUUAACUUUAACUUGUUUGCCUACAACAGAUAGAGGGAAUUAUCUAUCCUCUUUGAUUAAAAAGAUAAACUAGAACAGCAUAACAUAAAAUGGAUAGGUCUUCAAAAGAAGAAGAUGACAGCGAACUCAAGACGAUGCUUGAAUGCGUCAAUGUAGCUUUUACGACAUGGUUGCACAGCAGAGAACUAGUCACCUUAUAUUGUGACGUUAACACCCAAUCCGCACCGCAGAAUAUCAUCGAAACGAAGUCCGCUGCAUCUUCAGGCUCCGAACAGACCGCUACGCAAGAUAACAAGACGGUUAUAGAUAUGGGUGGACACUUCCAUUUAACGUUUGAAGGGAAACACUCCUUAAAAAGGAGAUAGUGGAUAAAAUGGUUCUCUUCUCCAAAGAGAAAGAGGUGAAUGUUGAUGAAGGUGAUCCUGAUAAACUCUUCGCAUAAGAGAGAUAAGAUGUAUGUAGAACGGCUUUGGUAAAGAUUUCAGUGACACCACCAAAAUUCUUUAGGCAAAUAAUCAUUAGGCUGGACAAAUAAUAGUUAAGCACCACUAGACUCACCAAGCCCAAUUUCAAUACAUGAAGACCCAGCCCAAGAGAAAUAGAAACAUGACCUUGUCGGGAUAUUGCGAGUACGACGGAGAAAGCACGGUGGAGAAAGGGAAGCUUCGGCGAGAGGACAGGGGAAGCAGGCGGCGGAGAUGGUGACAGAUCUGGCUGGUGAGGCGCAGUUCCGUUUGGAUGACAGGCGUCGACCCCAGAACGGGAUGGAUAUUCGUCGCGAGAUAGAUAGACGUAACAGGAAAGCGACAUUGAUGAAGAACAGCGACUGUAACCGGCGAGAAACUCAACGGUUUGGGGAACCCCCCAUAAAAUGUUUGGUCUAGUAGUACUAGAUCCGUAAAGAGACAGACGAGAGCUUCGGCUCACAACAGCAAGCUUUCUCCGAAGAGAUACACUGGCGUGAGCAGAGAGGUUGAUAAAGGCGGAGAACCAGAUCGGCGAACUCACGAACGCGGUGGAGAUGAAGAAUAGGAGGAGCGGAAGACGAACAGAGCUGUGGAAGAAGGCUCGACGCCGGCGGCCAGAGGGCUCACCGACGUCGAGAUGUGGCGGCUGCAAGCGUACCUCGAUUCUCGGGUCUGAGAGCUUUCGAGCUUUAGGGCGAAUUCUUUUGUCUUCUGUUUAAACCGAUAUAUUUAUGAAUGUACACACUUUUCCAAUAAUAAGUGUGGAGGUUGCUCAUUUCAUUUGUAUUUUGUCCAGACGUGUAUCAUCAAAGAUACCGAGAGAGGCGAUUUAUGUUAAUAUAAUAUCCUUUUAAUAUUAAAAUUAUAAUUUUCAUUUUGUGUACAUCAAAGUACAGAGAGAUCACACACACGUAACUUAAGAAAAAUAAUAAUUUAAAUGUAUUUGUUUCAGAACUCAAAGUUGAUUCUCGGAGAGCCAGAGCUUCUUCGGGAUGUGCAAACUAAACGCAACCGACAAAAGCCUUCGCAAGAUUUUGUCUUUAUGCUUUGUUUCUAUUCAUUAUUUAUUCACAUUUUCGACAGUUAAUAAAUGUUGGUCACGAAACAUAUAGUACUACUUAUUACUGUGGAUUUUACGUAGAAGCAAUGCAUAUCAAUUAUUCAAUACUUUUAAUAUGAGUAGUUAUAGUUAUCAGUUAAGUCUAGAUACUAAAUAUAUACUUUUAUAAUGAUGGGGUCAUUUUCUGAUUAUAUAAAUAAGUAAGCGAUAGCCUGCGGAUCUGCACUACCUUUGAUGAAGAUCCAUUUCUGUGUAGUGCAAAAGUUUGAUAUAAUUAAUUUUAACUAAAGUAAGAUAAAUCUACAACAAUAUCUUCAUUAAAAGAAAAAGCUUAAUACUUUGAUCGAUCUUAAAGGAAAAUCUUCGUUAAAGAAUUAUUCAUGAACAUACUAGCUUAAGGAAUUAAUUGAUCAUUGUGUUUGUGUAUUUAGUGUUGUGAUGAUUGCCUACGAUUUCUAUGGGCAAAAAAAAAGCAAAAGGAAAACAUACUUAACAUCUUUAUAGUUUCCACUAUAUAUAUAUGCUUGUCGACUUAAAUAAAAUAAAUUAUCACGUCGAUUGAGUAUUUUAAAAGUUUCAACUUCAAACAAUAGUAUU